UCUUCUUAUAGAGCUAGUGAGAGAAGAGCUCUCUCUCUCUCUCUCUCUCUCUGAAACCCAGAAACAAAAAUGGACGACUACACGAGGGAGAUGAUGGACCUCAAGACCCUCGUCACUCGCACCCUCGAGAAGAAGGGCGUCCUCGCCAAGAUCCGGGCUGAGCUGAGAGCAAGUGUGUUUGAGGCGAUUGAAGAGGAGGACAAGGUGAUUGAGAAGGACGAAGGCUUGCCUCCUGCGCUAUUGGGUAGCUGCAACGAUCGUGCUAGGCAGCUUCAUGCUUCUCCUUCGGGACGAUUGCUUACGGCAUUGAUAUGCGAGUACUUGGACUGGGCGCAGCUGAACCACACGCUGAAAGUUUAUCUGCCCGAGUGUAAUUUGCAAAAAGAUUCUUGGAAAGCUGAGCUGAAAGACUUAAGUAACAAGAAUGGAUAUGACCUCAACAGAAAUGGGGAUAGUGGUCCUUUGCUUUUGGAUGUGCUUGAAGGAUUUUUGAAGUUUGAGAAUUUGUCUCAAGCAAGGGGUACUGGAAGAAGGCUAACUACUUCAGAAGCAGAGUCGUUAUCUAACCUGGACUCUCGAAACAUGCGAAGACCUUCAUCAUCUGUUGCUGGGGGCCUACCUCCACUGGGAAGGCCUGGUGGUGCUUCCCAGUCAUCUGAUCGAAGAGGUGGAUCCUCCAUGUCUAGCCACAGGAAAGAUGAGUACAAUUGGAGAUAUGACAAUGAAGAGCUUCCAGAAGCCAUGGAAAACCUACAGUUGGAUAAAAAAGCUCGAAACCUAACCACAUCCUGACGGCACGCCGGAGAUGGAAGUAGUGAGGAUGACAGAAGGUCUGACCAGAUGUAGCUGAAUCAAGUGAUGAUGAUGACAGCCUCUGUUUAACUGCACCUGUAUUUUAUUCUGUAUUUUCAUCCUUUGAUGAUAAGUAGUUUUAUGUAAGGAUCAUACUGUACUCUCUGAUUUGAUCUUAGUGCGCGCUUUUCUGAGCGUUCAUCUGUAUUUAUUUAAUUACAUUUUUGUCCCUCUUUGGAGAAAACUUAAUAUCAGUUCCUCCCUUCUUGCUUAUUCUCAA